AAAUCAUCUUUGAUAGGCUGCACGGUGCAGUGGAUUGUGGGUAAGACGCCAGCCCGCCGCCAUAUCUGUCUUUCUGUACCGGCUGUAGGAGAGAGUUAGGAGCCAUGAGAGGAAUCCGGUCUCUGAACCAUUUCCCCAAACGUUGCUAUGCUGCUGCCAGGAGGAGUGAAGCUCUGACUGAACCCCUUGCAGGCCGCACACCAUCCUCAGCACCUCUCCCUCCCCAAAAUGUCCAGGUGUCCAAGCUUCCAAACGGUCUGGUGAUAGCAUCACUGGAAAACUACUCCCCCUCGUCCAGUAUUGGUGUGUUUGUGAAAGCUGGGAGUCGCUAUGAGACUGUGGAAAACCAGGGCGUCUCUCAUGUGCUACGAAUGGCAGCAAACCUGACUACUAAGGGCGCGUCUGCCUUCAAGAUCUGUCGCGGUGUGGAAGCACUGGGGGGCAGCUUGAGUGUGACAUCAUCAAGAGAGACAAUGAUUUACACCGCAGACUGCUUGAGAGAUCACCUAGAUUCAUUAAUGGAGUAUUUGGUCAACGUAACCACAGCUCAGGAGUUCCGGCCGUGGGAGGUAGACGACCUGACGUCCAGGGUGAAGAUAGACAAGGCUCUGGCUCAGCAGUGUCCUCAGAUAGGUGUAAUUGAGAAGUUGCACGAAGCAGCGUACAAAAACGCCCUGUCUAACUCCCUGUACUGCCCUGACUACAUGGUCGGCCGUGUCACCUCUAACCAGCUGCAGUCAUUUGUUGAGGACAAUUUCACCACUGGCAGAAUGGCUCUUGUAGGACUAGGUGUAAAGCACUCUGUCCUGAGGCAGGUGGGCGAGGAGCUCCUGAGUGUCCGCAGUGGGGCUGGAGCACCUGUGGCUAAGGCUGUGUACCGUGGAGGUGAGCUGCGGGUGCAGAACAACAAUGACCUGGUCCACGCACUGGUUGCCAGCGAGGGUGGUGUGACAGGUAGUGCAGAGGCUAAUGCCUUCAUCGUGUUGCAAAGGAUCCUGGGAGCUGGGCCACAUGUAAAGAGGGGCUCCAACAUCACCAGCAAACUGAGCCAGGGUAUUGCCAAAGCUACCGCACAGCCUUUUGAUGCCACAGCCUUCAAUGCCUCGUACUCUGACUCCGGACUGUUUGGCGUCUAUACCAUUGCACAAGCUGACUCAGCAGGAGAGGUGAUCAAAGCUGCCAUUGCUCAAGUGAGAGGUGUGGCUGAGGGAAAUGUAUCAGAGGCUGACGUCAUCAGAGCAAAGAACCAGGUGAAAGCAGAGUACCUGAUGUGUCUCGAGAGCUCUGAGAGCUUGUUGGAGGAGAUCGGUGCUCAGGCUCUGACCACUGCAGCGUACCAGGUCCCUGACGCUGCUGUCCAGGUGAUAGAUGCUGUCACCCACGACGAUGUGGUCGAGGCUGCGAAAAAAUUUGUGGAAGGCAAGAAGACCAUGGCAGCUAGUGGACGCCUCGUUAAUACGCCAUUUGUGGAUGAAGUAUGAAAAUAAAAUUAUGCUGUGCCUGGUUGCUUAAAAAGGAAAGAGGACCUCAAAGCCACAUCAUCCUGCAGCAAUUCAUUUGAUGUCACCAAUCAUUUGUAGUCUGUCCUGCAUUAAGUGUAAGCACCAACAGGGAGCUGGAGAAUCAUAAUGCAAUUGUUUUUUUUGUCAAUUUAACUGUAUAUCUAUGUAAAUUAAAGUAAUGACAGUAAUAACA